CGGUGAACUAUUUUUUAAUGCAAGUUUUCUGUGGCAAAUAGGUUAAGUUACAAAAAACAUGGAUUUAGAUAUGAAUAAUAAAAAUUUAAAAGACGAAUUUGAAAAUUUAAAUAAGGACGAUCCCGAUUUUUCUAAAAAAUGUUCGAAAUUAAUUAAAGACAUAAAUGAGGGCUUAUGUACUAUUCUACAACUUACAGAGCAGUUGAAAGGGCUUUUGGUAGAUCCUGUACCAGUAAAUCGAGAGAUUGGUGUACAUGUUUUAACAAUGGUUCUAGAAGAAAUUUCUCACGAACGAAUUAGCGUUGCGCAAAUAAACGUUAUGUGCGAUUUUUACGCUGAUAAAUUAAAAGAUCACCAUCAAAUUAUACCCGCAACGUUAAGGGGCAUUUUAGCAUUGUUAAGCUUUAACAAUGUACCGGACGGACAACUGAGAAAACUUUUAGAUUCGUUAUUUAAAAAUGUCCCAUGUCAGCAACAGCAGCAACAUGAUAGGUUGAACAUUUAUAAAAUUUUGAAGAAAUCAUUGGAAAAUAGUGCAGCGGAAUUACUGGAAAUGGAUAUGGAUUUUGUCUACGGGGUUAUGUCGGCAGUGGACGGGGAGCGUGAUCCUCGUAAUUUAUUAUUCUUAUUUCAUUGGUUACCGAUAUUUUUAAGGCAGUGUAACUUAGGACAUUUAAGAGAAGAGAUGUUUGAAGUUUUAGCGUGCUAUUUUCCUAUAGAUUUUCGUACUCCACCUCAAGAUUCAAAUAGCAUAAGUAGAUCUACAUUGGCUUCCUCGUUAUCCGACUGUUUAUGUGCAACACCCGACUUUGCCGAAUACUGUUUGCCAUUAGCUUUGGAAAAGCUAUCGUCUUCUCUACACAUUGCUAAAUUUGAUUCUUUGGACAUACUUGCGAAAGGUUGUGACAUCUUUGCAGUGUCUUUUUACAUUCAACAUUCAACGGACAUUUGGUCGCAAAUACAACGUGAAGUAUUAAACAACAAUGACGAGGAAUUAGAAAAAAUGGCACUACAAACUUUGGUUACAGUUAUGAGAAAAUUAUCGGAUAAUCCCGAUAGUAUCUACAAACCAAUUUUAUCAGACAUUGUAGAUACUCUUAAAGGAAACCUUCUACCAAAUAUGAAGUUAUUUGUACCUUCGUGUAAAAUGCUGCAUCAUCUGUGCAAGUCUUCAAAAACAGCUGCAUCUUUUGUUAUUGGCGAAAUUGUUCCUAUUAUGAUUAACACAUUUCAUAUAACAUCAACGGCAACACAUCAAGUUUUACUUCUAAAAAAAUUGAUCUGCUUUGUCUGGAUCUACACAGAAGUGUAUCAAAAGUUUGAAGUAACAGAAAACCAGCACUUAUCGGCUGUGCUAUAUUUAUGUCUAAAAGCAUGCUUGCAUAAUGACGAUGAAUUAAGGGUUGCCGGAUUUUAUUGCAUUUCUACCAUAAUUAAAUCAUUACCUGACGACAUCAGAAAAUGUUUCUAUGAAAAUAUUCGCCCGUUAUUAAUUCAGGAACAGCCCAAUCAUCUCAGGUUUGCCUUAUGGGAAUCAUUCAAGGGUUUAGCAGAAAUGCACCCGAGCGAAAUACAAAACUGUGUUCUGGACCAAAUUCAAAUUAAGAAUAAUGACGAGCUUUACUGGUAUUUACAAUCGCUCUCCACAAUUAUUCCAAUAGAGACAUUUACGCAAGACACACUAGGAACAUAUUUUAAAUAUUGCCAGUCCGAUUUUGAGACGUCAUUAGUCGCAAUUCAUUGUUUAAGACAAACGUUGGAACAAUACUCUGAUGUUGCUCGAAUACAAUAUUAUGUUGAAGAAUUGCAAAUAGUUUGCAUUUUAGUGGAUUUAAUCUUACGUCAUGUAGAUAUUAUUGAUAUUUGUAAUAUUAUUCAUAAGCGAUUAUUAUGUGAUAUAUCAACAAUUUCCAAAUUAAUUGUGCGUCAUCAAAGUUGUAAAGCACAGAUCCUUUACAUUACAAAAUGUGAGGAAGUUAUUUCUGUGUACAGGAAUUGUCAGAGUGUUGGCUUAGUGAUAAUUAUUGACGGAUUGAUUUCUUGCUUACACAAGGAUAUUAAACUUCCUUCGAACAUCGUUCCAGAUUUACUUAGUGUAGCUUUAGGGAGUGACCAUGAUUUUAUCGUAACAAUUGCCAAUCAACUACUAGCGAACCUUUUAAAUAAGAAUCUAGAUGACGAGAAAUUGGAAAAUGAUCUGCAAUUUAUCGAAAAUUAUUUAUGCAAAAAUUGGAAUGCAAACCGAUUGGAUAGAUCUGUCACUGUAUUAUCAUGGACUACAAAAGCGCUAUUGAUGCGAAACCAUAGCAAAGGUGCUAAGUGGACAGAAAAGUUGAUCGAACUGUUAGACACCCAUAAAGAGGCAGCCAAAGGUUUUGAAAUAAUAAUGAAGGAUAAAUGUCCCAGCCUGAGCGAAGAAAGUUCGUGUAAUGUAAAACUCCUGUACAGACAAAAGUUUUUCAUGGAAAUGACAACGUUGUUCCUACAAAAAAAGCCUACCAAGAAUAAUUUAUUAGCAGUUGGAUAUUUGUUAAAAGAAGCACCAAGACAAGUAUUUAUAAUGCAAUUCAAAAAGAUAAUCAAAAUUGUGCUAUUGUGUUUAGAAGAAUGUGAAGAUGAGGAAAUUAUGUUUAUUAUAUUAGACAGAUUAUGCGACCUGAUACAAAAUGAUAAAUCCCUAGCCGAGGAAUAUCUACAGGAGCUGUUGUCUCGCUUCAUUGCUUUAUCAACAUUCAAAUCGUCAAUGAAUGUUCGUAUAAAAGCUUUAGAAGGUAUCCAACAUUUUACAGUAGACUAUCCGAUUUAUAAGUUGUUACCAAUGAAAGAAGAUGUAGUUCAAAGAUUAGCCCUUUGUUUAGGUGAUAAAAAAAGACUGGUAAGAAAAGCUGCUGUGGAUGCCAGACUUGGUUGGAUAAUGCUUGAUGCUCUGACUUGAAUAACAUCAUAUUAAUUGAGUAGCUAGUGAUUUGUUAUACAAAGCUGUUUUUGUACACUUUUCAAAAAUAAAAUU